AGGUGGUCGUCAUCCUCUACUUCAGACUCCACACAUAAGCUAACAACAGCUACACACUGCCUCGUCCACGCAUUAACCAAACUUCAUUGGUUACCAUUGGCUUUGGCGCACAUAAACAACAAGGAAGCAUGGCUAGCCCAAAUAGAAUUCUUAUCAAAGGUGGGAAAUUUGUGAACGAAGAUGUGACCCAGUUGGGAGAUGUGUAUAUUGAAGACGGAAAGAUAGUGGCGGUCGGAUUAAAUCUGCAUUUACCCGGCGGGGUGCGGGUUAUUGAUGCCCGGGACAAAUUGGUGUUGCCAGGUGGCAUUGACACUCACACUCAUAUGGAGUUGGCAUUUAUGGGUACUAAAGCUGUGGAUGAUUUUCACAUCGGAACGAAGGCUGCCGUUGCCGGGGGAACCACCAUGAUCCUGGACUUUGUCAUCCCCCAGAAGGGAACUUCUCUCCUGGAGGCCUACGAGAGGUGGAGGAGCACGGCCGACCCCACAGUCUGCUGCGACUAUUCCCUCCAUGUGGCCGUCACCUGGUGGGACGAGUCUGUCAAAAAGGAAAUGGAAACACUUGUUCGUGAGAAAGGUGUCAACUCUUUCAAAAUGUUCAUGGCCUAUAAGGGAGUGUUCAUGCUUCAGGACGACGAGCUGUAUUCAGCCUUCUCCCAGUGUAAAGAGAUUGGUGCCAUAGCCCAGGUCCAUGCAGAGAAUGGAGACUUGAUCGCUGAGGGUGCCAAGCGGAUGCUGGCCCUGGGCAUCACGGGGCCUGAGGGCCAUGAGCUGUGUCGGCCUGAGGAUGUGGAGGCGGAGGCCACACAGAGAGCCAUCACCAUCGCCCACGCGGUCAACUGCCCACUCUACGUGGUCCACGUCAUGAGCAAGUCCGCUGCCAGGGUGGUAGCCGGUGCCCGCCGGAACGGGCGUGUGGUGUUUGGGGAGCCCAUAGCAGCGGGUCUGGGCACCGACGGUACCCACUACUGGCACCAGGACUGGUCCCACGCAGCGGCCUUUGUGAUGGGCCCCCCCCUCAGACCUGACCCCAGCACCCCAGGGUACCUGAUGGACCUGCUGGCCAAUGAUGAUUUGAGUGUAACUGGCACAGACAACUGUACAUUCUCCCUCUGCCAGAAGGCUCUUGGAAAAGACGAUUUCACCAAAAUCCCCAAUGGGGUGAACGGUGUGGAAGACAGGAUGUCGGUCAUUUGGGAAAAAGGAGUGCAUAGUGGGAAAAUGGAUGAAAAUCGAUUUGUGGCUGUUACCAGUACGAACGCUGCAAAAAUAUUCAACCUUUACCCUCAAAAAGGGCGAAUUGCCCCCGGUUCAGAUGCAGACCUAGUCAUAUGGGACCCAAAGGCCACCAGGACUAUUUCUGCCAAGACCCACCACCAGGCUGUGGACUACAACAUAUUUGAGGGCAUGGUGUGUCAUGGUGUUCCCGUGGUGACCAUCUCCAGAGGGAAGGUGGUGUAUGAGAAUGGGAAGGUGCUGGCCAGUCCAGGAGAGGGUCGCUUCAUACCCCGAAAACCCUUCGCCGAGUUUGUGUACAAGAGGGUGAAUCAGAGAGAGGAGGUGGGAACUCCUCUUGCAGUGAGCAGGGAGCCUUAUUGCGGAGAAGUCAUAUCUUUAGCACAUAACGGCAAACCCUGAAGACAAAACUCACAGGUCAAAAGGAUUGAAAGGGUGAGCACAGGGAGAGCAAAAGAAAGGAUUGCUCCUCACUUGAAAAUAUUUUCUUCAACUUUCAACCAAAGGAAACACACUUAUUAUUCACAUGUAUUCUUCAGAGCUGACGGCAUAGAGUGUAUAACAAAGUAAUUCCAACCUACCAUCAUAAGGAAAACAUACAGAAUAUAUAUUUCAUGUGUGAAAAUGUACAGUAUAUUGAUGUGGUUAGGCAGACUUAUUUUGCCUUUUUCUAAAAUACAAAGAUUUGCUCUGUCAUGUCUAACGUUUCCAGCAAACAAAUGAAAGCUUUGCUACAAUAACUAGCAGGGUCUCCAUAGUUUUCCCCCUACAGUGGGGCUGGCUGGUGGCUGCAGGCCACACUCAGGGUGUCCUUUGGUUAAUGUGAGAGACAAGUCCCUCACUGGAACACCAUUACUCAAAUCCUCCUUAUCUCUGUAGGUCGUCCUCGCCGGAUAUAGGCUUUAGUUUCUUAUCUACCGCACAUUCACAUUCAAAUUAGCAUUAAAAAAAUCCCUUCCUGCCACCUCAGCUACAGCUGUUUGUGCCCCUCUCCUCGUCUUGACUGGAAAUGGGGUCAGUCAGCAUCAGCAUGUUUAUAUAGUCUAAUCUGUUAGGAUGGGUUGGCAUCAGCCUCCUCCAAUGACAAUUUCUUUCGACAAGAAAUUACUUCUAAGGAGUGUUACGCAGCAAGAAUACAAGGCAUUUUCAACGGGCAAUUUGGACAAAAAUUGUGCAGUCUUGGAUAUUUUUUUCCUGGCACAGGACAUUUUGAAAACUGAAAUAAAUAUAAGUGCUUAUCGA